AUGGAGUACUGCUCAUGGUGCCGCUGCGAGCCAUGCGACCGCGAACGCUUUGGGCCCCGGCUUCUGGCCGAUCGAGGCUCUAUGCACAAACUAAAUCCAAAAGCGGAAGACGCGGCUCUGGAUAAGGCGGUAUACCAUAUCUACUACUAUCGAAAGCAUGGAUAUUUCGAGCAAAAUCCGCGCUACGUUUUCCCCCGCUGUGUUAGCAGAUUUCUUGGUGGUGAUUCGAAUGUAGACAGCGAUGGUAAUGCGUCACCAGUAUCGUCUUCACGAGAUAUAUCGGUUGAUGAUGAAAAUCGCCAUGCACCCCCAGCGGGAAGCCAGGGAGGCCCCACAGUAGUUGAAAAUGCCGAAGAUAUACAAGUCUCGACGCGGAGCAAGCGCGGUUCGACAGUGCUUGAGAGGAGCACAGACACACAAGUCAUAACGCGACGCAAGCGCCGUUCAGUAGCCGUUGAAGCUGAAACAGAAAAACCUGUGCGGACCGGAAGAGUUGCGAAAAAACAGCGCUCCAGUAAGAGGUCGGUUGAUAAUACUGCCGAGAAGAAAGCUCGUAACGAGCCCUUAGCUGUAUCUAGUGCUGACGAGAUCCGCCCACACCAUCAAUCAAGGUCGAAUCUUCGUGGCAAACGAAAACUCGCUCGUAAGAGAUCGCAAACGACACAUCAAUCACCAGGCAAUGGACUACGAUCCUGCGGGCAAGCUGACGACAGCUUGAACCAGCAGUCCCACCCAAGCGAAUCUACAAAUCCAAUCGCUCAUUCGAACAACACGCCAUAG